AUGCUACUUGGUGGCCACUCCGGCAGCCACCGAGACCCAAGAACUGAGCAUGCAUAAAGCACUUCGCUUGAUACCGUUUUCUUUAAGCAAAGUCAACAUUAGAAUGCAGUUUAAACCAACUCUGAGCGAAUUUAUGUAAUGCGCUCUAGCGAGCCCAAAGUCGUUUUCCAGUGCUUUGUCUCCAUUAUUUAUUGAUGUGCAUAUUCAUAUGUUUUACUGAAAAAGUGUUUGAAACAGGUGUCUCCAUAAUGACAAUCUAAAUAGCCUACCUACAACAAAAGAUGUCAAGACGUGCGCGCGUGCUGCUCGCUCUCCCUCUCGCUCACCUGACUCAGCCAAUAUCUGUAGUGCUCUCUCAACGCACGCACACACACAGACAUACACACACACUUCCGGCCCUCCCACUCACUCAGCAACAACCUGCAUCACUGCCUGACACUCAGCAGCAGGUCACAUUGAAAUAUAUAUUUUUUUAAGAGAUAUGGCAUGGCGGCAGCGGUGCAACUUACAAAUAGCACAAAAACCUGCAACCCGCGAUCAAUACAUUUUCACCCGCGACAUCGUUUUCAAAGUAGACCAAUUUGGUUGGAAAACAGCGGACAUUGCAACACUGUUUAGAGGGAAAAUUGGUCACCACCCACUUGUAGAAAGGCAGACCAACAGACAGCUCACUAUCUCUCGCGAUAUUUGGCUGGGCAGAAAAGUCUAAACGGGUGCCUUGGAUGUCCCAACUCUGAUGUCACCUCAUUGAACAGUCAUUGGGCUGCAGCAGAAUUCAAAUCGUCUUGUGUGCGCGGUCUAAAACGACAAAGAUUUUAGGUGUGGUGGUUCGGUUCCCUUUUUGACUGCUUGUUGGCAAGAUGUCUACUUCAGGAGAAGAUGAGAUCCAGCGACUACAACGCAAGUUGAAAGAAGCAGACGAUGCGCUGCAGAAGGCAGGCCAAUAUGGCCUUCAGCUGCUGGAUGGGCAGCUGGAUCUGCAGAACAAACUGGAGGAGCAGCGGAUAGAGAUGACCAACGCUGUGGAGGCCCUGGAGCAGGAGAAAUACUCCCUGCAGCGGGAAGUGGAGCUGAAAAGCCGUGUGCUGGACAGCCUGCGCUCCGACUACGACUCGGUCAAGAGCCAACAGAGGCUGCAGUGGGAGCAACAGGAAUCCCAGCUGGAGAGGAACCACGCUAUGGAGCUCAAUGAGUGCAAGAAAAAGAUGGAGAGAAUGAGAGCUGAACUGGAUGAGGCGCAGCUCAGUGAGAAGCAGCUGAAGCAUAAACUGGAGCUCCAGACAGUGACCCUGAGCAACAAGAUGGAGGAGCUGCGAUCGGUCACAGAGCAGACUCAUGAAACCCUGUCCACCGAGAUGAUGGAGUUGCAGGUGGAGAGGAUGGAGCUGGAGGCUGCUAAGGCCACCUUGGAGCUGGCACUUCAGGAGGCCCAGUACAAAGAGCAGCAGCUGGAGCUGACCAACACAAACCUUCAACGGCAACUGGAGCGAGUCAGUGAGGAGAAAGAAGAGCGUGAGAGAGAAGCUGUCUCCUGCUUCAACGCCUUGGAGAAAGCCAGAGAGGCCAACCAAGAUCUCCAGAUUCAGCUGGAUCAGUUAUUGCAACAGGCACAAGAUCCCAACAGCAAGGGAAAUUCUUUAUUUGGAGAGCUUGAGGACAAACGAGCAGAGAUGGAGAGACAACUGAUCAGUAUGAAAGUACAGCACCAAUCCCUUCAGAAGCAGCAUGCCUUCUCCAAACAACAGCUCCAUCGUAUGAAGGUUCAGAUAGCAACACUCAUGCAACUGCAAGGCUCUAGGGCAGACCCUGCCCAGCUGGAGCGCCUGCAGUCCAUGCUCUCAGAGAAGAACAGUGAGAUACAAGCCCUCAUGAUCAAACUACAGCGCCUGGAGAAAGUGGAGAUGACAUUGAAGGCACAGCCCUCUGCAGCCCCAGUGGAAACAGACGGUGGUGAUGGGACCUACUACACUGACCUUCUGAAAAUGCAACUUUCAAACUCUGCGAAGGAUGCAGAGCGACUGGGGGAUGAGUUGUCCAUGCAAAGAAUGAAGUCACUCUCUGAGAGCCAGAGAGCACUGGAGCUGGAGAGGAAGCUGUUCAGUGCAGAGAGGGCCCACAAACAGAGCCAGAGUGACAACAUCAAGCUGCAAGUCAAAGUGGAAGAGCUCAGGUUGAAAUAUGAGCCCAAUGAGGUGAAUAAAAAGCUUAUUCAGAAGCGCAAGCGCGAGAAGCUCCCUGUAGACAUUCCUAGCGACAUCCCAGAGGUGAAGAAAGAGGACCCCAUGGUGCUGGAGCUCCCCAAGCACAUGAAAGAGGAAAUGGAAGCAGAGGAACACCCUUUUACAGAGGAGAGGCUCACCGUUACCCCUCUGCAGCCCCCCAACAACCCGAAGCCUAACUCUGCCUUGCCCCAAGACAGCAAGAGUGUGCGUAUCUGCGAGGAGCCCCCAAUCAUUAUCCCCAACCCCCCCAGGUCUCCCUCUGCUGACUGUAAAAUAAUGACUGAGGAGCUGGAGAUUAAGAAGGAAGGUGAAGAAGAGAACAGAAGAGAUGAAAAGAAAAGGCUAAAAUCUCAAGAAGUCAUCCAUGUUACCUCGCAGAAAACACUGGAAAACCAGUGUGCUCAGCAGUAGACUAUGAAGUCUACACUUUAUAUUCCUUUAAUAAAAUACUAACAUUAGAGUAUAUAUUUUAAAAUGUUGUCAAUACAUUAAUAAAAUGAAGGCAAAAUAUGGA